AUGCAAAAAUCAAACUUUUACGAAGAACCAAUCGGAGAAUCGGUCGUGAUCAAGCUAGAUCAUCACAUCGGAUCACGUUCACUCACUAAUUUCUAUCGGAAUGAUGCCAAAUUUCAAAGUCCAUUGAUUUCCUUCACUCAAUAUUAUCAAUUAUUUAGAGGAGAAUUGAAGACUCAUCGAAGUCCAAAAUUAAUAUUUAGAGCGAGUAGGGAUGGAUUUUCAGAGGUGGAAUUUCGUAAACGUUGCGAAGAUCAGGGGAAAAUUGUAAUUAUUGUUAAAUCUAAAGGAGGAGAUUUAUUUGGAGGAUAUACGAAAGAAACUUUGAAACUUGAUCAAAGAGGAAGUAAUGUAAAGGAUGAGGAAUCAUUUACGUUUAGAUUUGACGAUAACACAUUGUAUAUUUUCAGAUUAAUGCAUGACCACAAUAUUCAUGCAUUGUACAGAUAUAGCUCAUUGUAUUUGUUUGCAUUUGGUUAUUGCUUUUGGGUGUGUGGUGAUGCAAAUACAUCUACCUAUUCUAGUUCACACAAUGCCACCCAGGAUUACAUUUUACCAGAGUGCAAAUUACCACAGAGAGAGAUUAAUCAAGUAUUUGAUGAUGAAUUCCCUAAUAAUAUUGUCCCUGAUGAAAAGAGACAAUAUUUUGGAGGAUUCAAUUUCCUAGUUGAAGAUUUCGAAGUUUACAAAGUGGUGGAAUGA